AUGGCCGUUCAGUCUUCUCCACCCAUCGACAUCGACGAAGUGCUUCCGGGCACGCGAUGCGUCUUCAUCGAUGAAUCCGCCAGUAGCACCUCGGCCAAUGGCCUGCUGCAGAAGCACGACGGCAUCGUGCUGGUGCCGCAGCCCACCGCGUCGCCCAACGAUCCCUUGAACUGGGGUCUGUGGCGCAAGGUGUGGCAUACGGGCCUCGUGUGCUUUGCUGUUGCUUUGACCGCCGCCACGUCGAAUGUGGCUGGAUCCGCAAGUACGGGCGUCAAUGAGGAGUACGGCAUCAGCUACGACGUCUUCAACACCGGUGCUGGCGUGUUGUUUCUCGCCAUCGGCUACUGGACGCUGCUGAGCUCACCCGCCGUCCAUCUCUACGGCCGCCGGAUUCUGUACCUCGUUGGCGCCACCUGGGGCCUGAUUGGCAACAUUUGGUUUGGGAGACUCAAAACCUCGUCGGAUGCCAUCUGGACGCAGCUCUUUGUGGGCGCCUCCGAGUCUGUGGCCGAGGCCGUGGUGCAGCUGUCUCUGCUGGACAUCUGGUUUGAGCACCAGAACGGAACCUCCAUGGGCCUGUAUACUUUGGCCACCUCCGUAGGAACCUAUCUCGGCCCGCUGGUGGGCGGCUACGUUGCCGAUAGCAACCUCGGAUGGCGCUGGAUUGGAUACCUUGGCGCAAUCAUGUCUGGCUUCAACUUUGUGCUCUUCUACUUUGGCCUGGAAGAGACUGCGUUCCCCCGCGAGCGCUACCAGCGAGAUGACCGCAUCACCACGGCCCCCGCGGCGAUUGGCAGCGAGAAGACAGGUAACAUGGCCGAUGUUAGCACCGGCGCAUCUGACGAGGAGGCCGCCGCCCAGGCUCAGGAUGCCGACCAGUUCUCCAUCAACUUUACGCGCCCCAAAUCCUACUGGCAGCGCAUUGCUCUCGUUACGCCCGCCCCUAACCUGCGUGGCAUUGGCGCAAGGCAGUACGUUGGUCGUCUGUGGCACACGCUGCGCAUCUUCACCUUCCCAGCUGUCUGGUUCGCCGGCCUGCAAUGGGGCAUGCAGAAUAUUGCCUUGUCCUUUUACCUGACCAUCGAGGAGGACUACUGGACUGACGAUCCCUAUGACUAUAGCGACGUCGCUGUGAGCAACAUGAACAUUCCCUGCCUCAUUGGUAGCGUCAUUGGCUGUUUCUACGGUGGCUACCUCAGCGACAUUUUCGUGCUUUGGGCGAGCCGGCGCAACCGCGGCAUUCAGGAGGCCGAGUUCCGCCUCUAUCUCAUGUUCCUCUGCGUAAUCAUCUUCCCUACGGGCAUGUGGCUUUUCGGCAUUGGAUCGGCCAAGGGCUGGGACUGGCCCGUGCCGUACGUUGGCCUUGGCUUUAUUGGAUUUGGCUACGGCUGCGCCGGCGACCUGAGCCUGACCUAUCUCGCCGACUGCUACCCGGAUAUGGUCCUCGAGGGCAUGGUGGGCGUGGCCGUCAUCAACAACACGCUGGCCAUGAUUUUUACCUUUGUGGCGAGCUACUGGCUAGACACGGGCGUGCAGGAUACUUUUAUCGAGCUGGGCGUUUUGGGUUUUGUGAUUUUGAUGCUGUCACUGCCCAUGAUUGUAUGGGGCAAGCGUGCGCGGCGCUGGACGAAGCAGAGAUAUCUCAACUUUUUGGAGAUUCGUGACGGGAUGGGUCACUGA